CGAUUCAUAUGAUCAUGAAUAUCACCUUGAAACCAAGGAGAUAACCCCAGUCGAGAGACAUUUCUGGUUCUUACUUGCAGGCUCAGUCCUCACAAUUGGCGGAAAUUAUCUUGUUGCCCAUCACAAAUUUGUAUCAAUUUUCUCAGGAGAUGAAUCCAAAUAUUACUUGGUAUCCGUUGUCUCUCGAGGAAACAGUGAAAUUGCACUUUAUUUAAAUUACAUAUCACAUUUCGUUUGUGAAAUCUCUUUUGUUUUUUACAUGUCAGCAUUGGUAUAUUUCCUGAGAUGGCUCAGGCAAAAAAUGGUCAACUUGCAACACGAAAUUCUACAACAGUAUUCCUUAAACGAAAAGAUUGUCGCUCUGGAGGAUAUAUUCCUGCCGACAAAAGUAUUUCAUAUCAAUAAGCCUCAAUAUCAAGAUAUGGGAUUUCAACUUGUUGAAAAACUUCAAAAACUUAUCCGAAUUAUGAGAGAAAUUAAUUUAUUUUCGGGCGAAUUUAUCCUCAUGUUCAUUAGUUUAACUCUGUGCAUGGGCAUAGCUCUCUUGCACGUUAUCAUAAUUUCGCUGAUUGGUAUGGGACAUAUAAACUCGAGUAAUCCAGAAAUCAUGAAGCGUGGCAUUUUCGCCUUAACAACCGUGUUUGUUUUUUCGGCAUUAAAAGUUUCAAUUUUAGUGAAUGCUGGCGAACACUUGAAAAGCGUGAGACAAAAUUUCAUCUUUAGCCUGGACUUGAUACAGCCGGAAAAGAUUCAUCCCGAUGACAGAACGAUAUUGAAUCUGAAACGACUAAUUCAAAACCAUAAAUUCGAAAUGAACGCCUGCGGAUUUUUUAUAGUCAACCGGAAACUGGUGGUCAGGGUAAUAUUCUCAAUCUGGAUUUUUGAUGACCUGUCCUCUAAUCAAUAAUUAGUAUACGUAGCUACUUAUAUGGUUACAUAUAUUUUUCGAAAUUUUAGAUGAUUGGAUCGAUGAUUUCUUUCAUUGUUGUUCUUGUGCAAUUUCGAGCAGCAGAGUAAAAGAACGUUCGUUUUUCAAGGGUGAAGGAUUUCAUGAUUUUCAUCCCUUUAUUUGUAAACCAAAAUUAGCACGGUGUUUGAAUGAACUUUUACGUAUACUAAGUUGUCCCUCUGUCACCAUUUGUUGUAAAAACAUUGAUAACUACAUAAUUGAUAAUUCCAGGUAUGUUCCAGGCAUCCUGGAAUCAUGUGCUUAUACAUAUUCAUAAUUUUAAUUUCAUUAAAUUUUAAAACGUUUGGCUUUUGGCGUCACUACAGUGGCGCAAAAAGUCAAACUAGUACACUAGUUUAUGUCAUUUCCUUCAAAGGUUACUUAAUUUAACACGCCAAGUUAGCAAAUUUGAGUAAAACUAUUCCAUUACUUUAUACUAGAAGUGCCUGAAUAAAAUGCAUGAAAAAAGUUAA